CAUCAGAUAUAUUAUUAUGGAACUUGGAUGUCCGCCCACGUUUUUAUUAGAGUACCAUUUCGUUGACACUCUUGCAGAUUUCUUAUGUGCGACGCCCUCUAAAUUGACUGAGCAUAGAGUGAUAAUUGAUACCUAUGUUUAUUCAUCUUAAGUCAGCUGUUGUGGAACAAGUUCUAAAGCGAAAUGUUUUGUCAUCAUCAUCACCAUCCUCCUCGAAUCUUAUCUGUUUCUGGGGUGAAAAGAGGGAUUCUUUAUUAGGAUUUCUGUAUUCUGUAUUGAAUCGUAAGGGACGCCACAAACUACCAAGCAAAGUAAAAAUGCAGUUUGGGUGUAUCUGUAUAAUCUCCACUCUGCCUUUUCUCUCUGUAGUUAAAGCUCUGAAAAAUUCUUCAACAUUCUUCACUCAAAGAUCAGAAAAAACAAACGAAAACAUGAUUUCCUCAGCAGAUCUAUUCAAUCAACUCAAGUCUGCAGAACCCUUUUUUGUAUUAGCUGGACCAAAUGUGAUUGAAUCUGAAGAACAUAUUUUUAAAAUGGCUAAACAUAUCAAACACAUCACCAACAAAGUUGGUGUGCCCCUUGUGUUUAAAUCGAGCUUUGAUAAAGCUAAUCGUACAUCAUCUAAGUCAUUUCGUGGUCCUGGUUUAGAAGAAGGCUUGAAGAUCCUUGAAAAAGUUAAACUUGCCUAUGAUUUACCUAUUGUUACUGAUGUGCAUGAGAGUUGGCAGUGUGAAGCUAUUGGAAAGGUUGCUGAUGUUAUCCAGAUUCCUGCUUUCUUAUGCCGUCAGACAGACCUUCUAGUUGCAGCUGCGAAGACUGGAAAAAUUAUCAACAUUAAAAAAGGCCAAAUGUGUUCUUCUUCUGUUAUGGCAAAUUCUGCAGAGAAGGUUAGGUUAGCUGGUAACCCGAAUGUGAUGGUCUGUGAGCGAGGCACCAUGUUUGGUUAUAAUGAUUUAAUUGUUGAUCCCCGCAACUUGGAGUGGAUGCGAGAAGCUAAUUGUCCCAUUGUAGCAGAUAUUACACAUUCAUUGCAACAACCUGCAGGGAAAAAGCUGGAGGGUGGAGGAGUUGCCAGUGGAGGUCUUCGCGAAUUAAUACCAUGUAUAGCAAGGACAUCAGUUGCUGUUGGGGUGGAUGGUAUCUUUAUGGAGGUACAUGACGAUCCCCUAAGUGCACCUGUUGAUGGUCCAACGCAGUGGCCGUUACGUAAUUUGGAGGAGCUAUUACAGGAGCUGGUGGCGAUUGCUAGGGUUAGCAAGGGAAAACAACAAUUCCAAAUAGAUCUCACACCAUUUCGUGAAGAUUAAUCUUAAAUUCAUAGGAAAAGGUUUAGCGAGAAAUGACGUCAGUUUUGAACUUUUUUAAUCAUGGAAAAAAUGGAAAUAUUGAUGGGGCAAUCUACACCCAGGAGUUCACACUAUUUAUGUGUGAUUACUGGAAGUCUGUUGAAAAGGCAGACCUUCAGAAAAUCAAGAUCUUAUAUCGAACCCAACUUGGAUCUCCACGUGCCUCACCACCAGAACCAGGAGCGCCACCCUCUUAAACAAACUAGCUUAAGUUUGUGGUUCAUGUCAUUGAGAUUUGCGACCAUAUUUGUUAUCGUGUUCUUAUUAGCGUUACCCAUUAUUGGAUGAACGAAAAAACCCCAGCUAGCAAUUAGAUCGAAAUUUUACAAAACAAACAAAGGAUUUGCGCAACUUUAUUGUAAACAUUGUAGCCAACAUGCAAGAACUGUAACUCUGUAAGGAAA